AUGUUUUCGGUUACUAACUCCACUCAAGUCCCCUUCUACUUCAUCCUCACGGGCGUCCCCGGCUUUGAGGUUUUCCACGCCUGGAUUUCCAUCCCCUUCUGUUGUCUCUACACUAUCUCUAUCAUGGGCAAUACCACCAUACUGGCUGUCAUCAGGGCAGAGCCCUCCCUACAUGAACCCAUGUACUUGUUCCUCUCUAUGUUGGCCUUAACAGACCUGGGGCUUACCCUCACCACUUUGCCUACAGUCAUGGGGAUCCUCUGGUUCAGUGCCUCAGAGAUCAGCUUUGAGGCUUGUUUUGCUCAGUUCUUCUUCCUCCAUGGAUUCUCCUUUAUGGAGUCUUCUGUGUUGUUGGCCAUGUCCUUUGACCGUUAUGUGGCCAUCUGCCACCCCCUCCGUUAUAUCUCCAUUCUCACCAACCGGGUAAUAAGCAGAAUAGGUAUAGCCAUCAUUUGCCGCUGUGUUGUGGUGGUUCUUCCAGGAUUGUUCCUGUUGAAGCAGCUUCCCUUCUGUGGCUCCAAACAUCUCUCUCAUUCCUACUGCCUCCAUCAAGAUAUGAUUCACCUGGUGUGUGCUGACACCACUAUCAAUAAUUGGUAUGGAUUUGUUGUAGCUCUGCUCAUUAUUACACUGGACCCCCUGCUCAUUGUGUUCUCCUAUGCACUCAUCCUGAGAAGUGUGCUGAGAAUUGGUUCCCAGGUUGAAAGUCUCCGGGCACUCAAUAACUGUCUGUCUCACAUUUUGGCUGUUUUUGUGCUCUAUGUGCCCAUGGUGGGAUUGUCCAUGACUCACCGCUUUGCCAAGCAUGCCCCUCCACUUGUACAUGUCAUUAUGGCCAACGUCUAUCUUCUAGCACCUCCUGUGAUGAACCCCAUUAUCUACAGUGUUAAAACCAAACAGAUUCGUCGAGCGAUUUUUCAUCUAUUCUCUCAUAGACAGUUGUAGUAGAGUGUUGAGAAGUGGGGUUUUGGUACUAUUCUUUA